AUGUUAUUAUUGGAUUGGCCUUCCGGACCAUCCGAUGCAUAUAUUGAAUAUAGGGAAAAAAUAUCAGAGGAAAAAUGGGUUAAGGAAAAAUGGGUUAAGGAAAAAGUGCACACAUUUAUCAAAUCAAGACUCGAAAAGCUUCAUCUGUUACGAGUUUCGCAUAAUGAUGUUAGGUCUGGUAAAAUUUCCUUGAUAAACAUUAGACUAUCGGCUUGCACAAAUAAUGAAGACCGUAAAAACAUGACUGCGAAUCUCUUGACUACAUCUUAA